AACAAACUGCUGGACAUUCAGGCGGACGACUCGGAGCGGUGGCACCGGAAACGGGACGCCAAACACAAUCCCGACCCCGGCUUCAGCGACUACGAGGCGGCCACCGCUCGACAGUACCAGAGACUCACCGCACAAAUGAAGCCAGACUUAGAGGAAUACCACAAGACUAAGCAGAAAGUGGGUGAUAAGCUCUUCUACGCCAAUCACAACACUCUGAUCCACGGCUCCCAUAAGGACUCCAAGGAGGCCAUCGAUCGCAUGGUCGACGAUCUCAACAAACAGAUCGACAAGAGGUCUAAAUAUAGCCGCCGAAGACGUUUCGACGACGACGCGGACAUCGAUUACAUCAACGAAAGGAAUAUGAAAUUCAACAAAAAGUUGGACCGAUUUUACGGACAAUACACCCAAGAGAUCAAACAAAACCUCGAACGCGGAACUGCUGUCUAA